AUGCGAGACGUCUGUCAUUGAAACACGAGACUGGAACUCCACGAUCAAUGUCAUCUCUGUCCUUAACACCUGGAUUAUUCAGCGGAGGCUUUAGUUCCGUAUCACCACAUGCAACUACAACACCAUCUCCGACAAAUGCAUCUGGUUUCCCACAACUACAUCACAGACAUGCAUCGAAUUCCAUAACCACAUUCUAUUUUCAAGAUAGAUGGAAAGCUCAAAGUCGCCGAGCAGGUAACAUACGCAGUCGGGGCAGUAUUUCUGGCUGCUCAUCACCUCGAGUGGUAUUGUACGCUGCCAAUAAUCUUUUCCCUCUUAACCGAUCACUGGCCGAAAAAUACAAUAUCAACGCCGAUAAUCCAGUAGAAAUGUGUGAAAAGAAUGCAAAAGUGGCCACUGAGGAAGGUGAGAGCGAUCUUGCGCAUGCGUGGGGAUUAGCAGCGCUUGCAGCUCGAGCCUUAUCCGCACGGCUUACUGAUCAUAUGAUGUCGAGUGAAGAGAGCAUGGGCUGGGUUGGACAUCCGCUCUGCUGCAACCUCGUUCAAGCACUAAUAUCUCACUAUGCUAAAGCUUCUGAUGUGCAAAUGGCAGCAAUGUUGGCGAGCGCUUUUGCUGUUUUUAAUGACACCAAUAGUUCAAGUUCACAAUCUACCAUUAGCACAUCGAGUUGCGUCCAAAUAUAUUUUUAAUUUUUUAGGGCAAUGGAACUUCCCCAUACAGCACUCUGAAUCAAUAUAGUGAAAUAAGCGCCGACGGGUGGACACUACCAGUCAUAUUUCGGAGUAAUUCUUGUUCAGAAGCAGAAAACUUCCACACAGAUUCAACCAUGUCUAAAUCAGAGCCAGUUUCUUCGUGCGUACUAGAUGAAGCUACUGUACACCUAUAUAAUUGCUUUAAGCGUGUUUACGCGGACAUACUACAUCGUUGGCAGCUUCUCUAUAAAAGAACUGAGGUAAAUUUGAUAAUGAUAAUUCUUUUUUAACUUCAUUAGCCUUAAAAUUCCCGCUGAGUUUAUUACUGUCUCUUCCCAGGACAGAGGUUUUCUUCCGAACCUGUGAUAAUGGUAAAAAAUGGCUCAAUAGGAAUUACAUGUAUUGUAUUAUGAAUAAAAAUUAUUCUAUUCUAUUCUUAAAUAUGGACAUGCGGAUUGAGGUUUAAAGUGGUAAAAUUAAAAAUUUUGUAUAACCGACUUCGAUAUAAAUAAAAUUUGAACAUCAUCAAUGUAGUCAGUUAAAAGUCAAUUAUAUAUAACUCAAAAAAUUUUUUAUAUCAAAUAAUAUAGUGUUAUGGCUUGUUCAUCAUCAUUACAGCCCUUCACAAGUCCACUGCUGAUCAUAGGCCUCCCCCAAGGAAUGCCACAAAGCACGAUCUUGAGCCACCUGCAUCCAUCGACUUCCUGCAUGUCUUACUAGGUCAUCACUCCAUCUAGUGGGGGGUCGCCCUACACUUCGCCUACCGGUACGAGACUGCCACUCGAGAACCUUUUUUCCCCAUCGGUUGUCGGUUCUUCGAGCUAUAUAGCUGGCCCAUUGCCACUCCAGCUCACUAAUCCGUUGAACUAUGUCAGUCAUUCUGGAUCUACUGCGGAUAUCCUCAUUUCUAAGUUUACGAGGGCGGCACUGAAAAUUUCGGGAAUCAAGGAAGUGACACAACAUUACUAUUUAAAAAUGUAUUUAUUGCUUUUCGAAGUAUUCUCCGCGAAAUUUGACACAUUUUUCCAUACGAUGGAACCAAUCAUUGAAGCAACCAUUCCAUUCGGAAGUUGGGGUCUCCAAAAUGGCCGUUUUGUAGGCGUCCACAGCUUCUUUAGGUGAUGAAAAUCUCUGUCCACGCAAUUUAUUUUUUAUUUUAGGGAAAGUAUAGAAAUCAUUAGGGCUUAGGUCGGGGCUGUACGGCGGAUGGUCUAAUAAUUCUAUGUUUUCUUGCUCUAAAAACUCUUUUGUUCUGUGUGCGGUGUGAGAACUCGCAUUGUCGUGAUGGAGGAUGAUACGGCGGUUGCAGUUCUCUUUACGGAGUUCAGAAACGACCUGUGGCAAACAAAUGCUAGCAUACCAUUCUGCAUUAACCGUUCUUUGUCUCUCAAGAGGAAUAGUCGUAACAUGGCCGGUUUUGGAGACAAACGUGGCCACCAUAUUUUUUUUGGAACACUGCGUGAACGAACAAUUUUUGUUGGCUUUAACUCAUUUUCGAACAUCCAAACUCGUGACUGGUUUUUUGUUUCGGGUUCGUACGCAUAUAUCCAGGAUUCGUCACCUGAUACGAUGUUGUAUACAGUAUUUGAGGAUCCUGCGUGGAAUCUUUCGCGAGUUCUGACGCACCAAGUAACGCGAGCCGCUUUUUGCUCUUCACAGAGCGAAUGCGGUAUCCAUCGGGAAAACAACUUUUUUACACCUAAUUGUUCAUGCAAGAUUAUUUGUAUUUAACUCAUGCCAAUGUCUAAAGUUGCCUGAAUUUCGCGGUAUGUCACAUGUCGGUCUUCCUCAAUUAGCUUACGCACAGCAUCAACGUUUUCUUGAGCGACUGCAGUUUUUGGACGACCUUGACGGGGAUCAUCACUGAGCUUGACACGUCCACGUUGAAAUUCAGCAAACCAGCGAUAAAUUGUGGUUUUGGAUGGGGCUUCAUCACCAAAUGCAGAAAUCAUCCGGUCAACACACUGUUUUUGUGUUUAACACCACUUCACUUCGAAAGUCAUAAUAAAUCAUCGCUCUUGAAUUUUUUCGAGUCAAUUCCAUUUUCUCAACGACUAAACAAGUUUGAUAAAACCUUGCGGCAAGACCUAGAAUCUUUUUUUAAAUAAAUAAAUGGUAUUUGAUUUUUAAAACCAAGAAGUUUUCAAUUAAAAAGAUUUUAAUAUGACAGGAACAGUGGAAAUAUUCUAUUCCCGAUACUUUUAGUGCAGCCCUCGUAUCACGCAGAGAAACCCCGAGCAUAGCCCUCUCCAUAGCUGGCUGAGUGAUCGAUCUUAAGCUUCCUCAUACCAGCAGUGAAGGAUCACGUCUCAGAUCCAUAGGUUAUCACUGGCAACACGCACUAAUUGUACAAUCGCGUUUUCAAGUCUCCCGUAAAAAGUUUUACUUCAGAAGGUUCCGGUGUUCAAAUCUAGGGUCGGUCCAGUUAUUGAGUAUAUAUUUUGAAAUUUCUCAGUGCCUCGGAAUGCAAAAAGUUGUAGGAUGUAGAAGGCUAUAGGUAUUACAGUAGUAAAACCACAAACUACUCCUGCAAGGUGAGAUAAUGAUUCCGUUUCAAUUAUUCCUUGCUCAUAGCUGCGCGUCUAUCAUUGAGUCUUACUGCAUGGGCACAUGGAACUAGUGUAUAUUGUUGGACCUGCGGCCUUUGUAACUUCAUCCAAAUAGACUCGUAGGCGAGGUAUUGAGCUACUGAGUGCGCCGACAAGUUGUCGAGUGCACCGAUUCUGCUGGCGACUGCAGUCCCGAAGUUGGGUGCUUGCUAUUGGAGUGAGUCCUUAAGCUAGGGGAGGUGAUUCAAGGGCCCAGAAGGAGGUACGAGUCUCGGCUUGAAACCAUCAGAAAAACGGAAACGGGUCGUAAAUUAUUACUUACUGGCCACGCGGUUUUAUUUUGACAGGUGUGUUUAAAUUUUGUUGCGUCAUGGCGCAAUUUCGUGUUAACGCAAUGACCCGGCAAGCGGCUACUACGCCAGAGUUACUGAGUGACGUCGCAUUUGUCGGCGAAAGCGAAAUCACGUACGUGAUUGUGGCGGUAUUUGAAGUGCGUGUUGUGGGUGUGUGCAGGUGAUGAAGCAGGUGUGGGGGCGACGCACCUGCUCAACUGGUAUACUACUUUAGUUUUUUUUAAUUAAAAACUUUGAAGUCGUUGCGAUUUGAAACGAACAAGAGACAAACAUAUACAUCCAUAGGAUUUAGCCUACAAGAGAAUGAGAUAGAAUACAGUAUACAGUGUUUCCUAUUAUGUAUGGAGAUUAUGCAUGUGAUCUAUGAGCAGUAAGGGUAUUCCGUGAGAACGUGGUCCUGACUCGGUAGGUGAAUCUACCACGUACCAGCGUUGCUGUUAAGCCGGGAAUGGAUCGCAACAGCCUCGCAAAUUAACCUUUGGUGUUUUCUUUAUUAUGUUCUACUAGAAUUUAAAUUUAAAAAUAUACACGCACACGCACAUAGACACAUCAUCACAUCAUCACAGCACCCGCGCACCGCGCCACCUCGCAUGCCAUCGUCGUGUUGAUAGCGCGCGGCCUGCACACGCACACGUACACGCACACGCACACGCACACGCACACAGACACAUCAUCACAUCAUCACAGCGCCCGCGCACCGCGCCACCUCGCGCACCAUCGUCGUGUUGAUCGCGCCCGGCCUGCACACACACACGCACACGCACACAGACACAUCAUCACAUCAUCACAGCGCCCGCGCACCGCGCCACCUAGCGCACCAUCGUCGUGUUGAUCGCGCCCGGCCUGCACACACACACGCACACGCACACAGACACAUCAUCACAUCAUCACAGCGCCCGCGCACCGCGCCACCUCGCGCGCUAUCGUCGUGAUGAUCGCGCUCGCCCUGCACUCGCACACGUACACGCACACAGACACAGACACAUCAUUACAUCAACACAGCGCCCGCGCACCGCGCCACCUCGCGCGCCAUCGUCGUGAUGAACGCGCCUGGCCUGCACACGCACACGUACAUGCACACGCACACGCACAAAGACGACAUAUCAUCAUCACACGCACAUCAAACACUCAUCAUCCAUCACAAGUUUGCGCUUCUGAGUCACUUCUAUCUAUCAACUUCCUGUAUCCUCUUACCAGGUCGUCAAUCGUGAAUGAGAAAGCGAGUGGUAGGCGCUUCGAUUUACGAUGUUUGGUAAUUGAUCAAGAUUACUUUUACAGGUUCGCUCAUCAUGACAACUGUCCAACUGGAUGUGGCUGCAAAUGCGUCAUCGAAGGCACAUCCGUGUGGAAAGGAGUAAAAUAUGCUUAAGUUAGACAGUUAAGUGAUUUAUGUAAGUUGAAAUAAUUACAAAUAUUUUACAAUACAAUUUUUGACUG